UGUGUAUUUUUCCAUAUAUCCCCUCUUACAAGAAACCAACCAAACAACCUCUUUUCCAUCCUCAAUUUUCAUCUCAAAAAAAACACACACACAAUCACAAAAGAAUCCAACAAAAACCAUGGAAACAGAAGAAGAACAAUUAGAAUAUGAAGAAGCACUCGUUUCUUUUAUCCUGUCAUUUCAAAACCUCAACUCAACAAAAUCCCGGCGCCCGGAGCCGCCGCCACUGUCGGAAGUGGAAGAAACAACCGGGUACGUAUUCAAAAACAAAGAUUUGCUAAAAGAAGCAUUCGCACAUGUUUCUUUCAAGGAAAGAGAUUGUUUGUCGUACGAACGGUUGGAGUAUUUGGGUGACUCUGUUUUGAACCAUUUGAUUGCCAAGCUGCAUUUCUUCAUGUAUCCUGAUAUGGCUCCUGGUGAGUUGACUCGGUUACGCGCCGCUACUGUUGACACUGAAGCACUCGCUAGGGCCGCCCUCAGGCUUGAUCUUCAUAAGUAUCUCCGGCACAACAAACCUCUUCUUGACAGUCAGAUUGAAGAGUUUGUGGAAGGUAUCGGGCAGUAUCCGUCACACUCUUACGGCAUGAUUGAUCCGCCUAAAGCGCUGGCCGAUAUUCUUGAGUCACUCAUUGGUGCUAUCUUCAUCGAUACUGAUAUGUCCAUGGAUGAUACUUGGGAGGUUGCGGAGCGUUUAUUACAGCCGUUGAUGACUCGUGAAAACUUAAAGGCACACCCGGUAGCAAAGUUCCAUGAAGCAUGCCAGAAGAUGGGAUUAAAACCACACGCAAAAGAUAUGUGGAGCAAAACAGGAGAGAUCGAGAUAUACAUUGACGAUGAAUUGAUUGGGACAGGAAAAUACAAGCUAAAGAAGAUUAUUGCAGUAAACAGAGCCGCACAUGAUGCAUACCACAACCUUUUCGAUAAGUUCGGUACUAAAGAUAGCGAUCAAAACCUUAGUAACAAAGAAGAUGAUGAUUAAAAUAGUAUUAUUGCAGGGUAAUCAGCUUGCUUUUAAGUUGUACUGCCAUCUUCGUAUAAAGUUUAAUUAGAAAGAGAAAAAUCUAAUUUGUUUUAGCAUGAAAUUAUCGAUAGAGUAACCUAGGAUUAGACUCUAAUUUGUUCUCAUAUUGGGAUUAUUAGUCUCAUUGUAACCUUUGGUGUUACAUUAAUCUUGUGA